AGCUGCCACAUGUCGAUGCAGGACCCCCCAGCGAGGAACGUCAUGUGGAGGAUGGGCUUCAACGCCCUCCCUGAGCAUCGCGAUGACGACUACCUCAUCUGCAACGAGAACGGCGGUCGUAAGUGCCCUCCUUGUGGUGACAGCAUCGACAGCCCGCCCCCACACCCCCACGAGGCAGGGGGCGUCUGGGCCACAGGCAUCAUCACCAGGACCUACAGCGAAGGAGAGACCAUCGAGGUGCACGUGAACGUUACCCGAAGCCACGGUGGUUACGUUCAGCUGAAGCUCUGCCCAAACAACGAUGUCAACACCCCCGUGACCCAGAGCUGCCUUGACCAGUACCCCUUGCAAAUUGCCGGCCAGUCUUCCACGAAGUUCAAGAUCUCUGCGCCCUAUGACAGUCCCGAGCAACUGCGUUUCAAGGCCGUCCUCCCAGCUGGCGUUACCUGCGACCAGUGCGUUAUCCAGAUGACGAAUAACGCGGCCCAAUUCAAGCCACAGACUGUCAUGUUCCGCAACUGCGCCGACAUCGCCAUCGUCCCCAGUGGAGGUAGCAGAGGGGCCCCUGUCGGAAAGCCCGUGUCUUUCAACAGUCCUUCGGGCCGACAGGGAGGAUCCUUCGGUCGCCAGUCCUUCUCCAACAACUUUCGCUUCGGUUAAACAACAUUUCAUAGGUUUAUCAUAGUUCGCCCUGUAAGUCCGAGCGUCUCCUAGCCUUAAAAUGUUCGUUUUCUUUGCUCUUUACCUUUUAUAUUUCUUUCUUUCUCUCUUUCGCUUGCCGUCUUCUGGGCUUGAGUAUGUGAUAUAUUAUCCUUUUUUGAUAUGGAUGAAAUUAUUCUUAUUGAUGUGUCAUUCUUGAGUUUUCUUCUAGUUACCGUAUUUAUAUUUAUGAAUUCAACAUGAAGGAAUGUAGAUUUUAAUUUAUCGUUUAACUGAAAUAGUUUCAUUUUUAGUUUUUAUCAGUUUCAUUUAUUUCGCUUUAUAAUUCCAUCGGUCGUGUUAAUUUCAUUUAGUAAACACAACGGUGGAUUUAAAAUUUUAACUGUAUACAGGUUCGGAUAUGAAAUGAAAGAAUGAUAAUGUAUAUAUGUAUAUUUCGAUAAAUAGUGAGCAUGCACAUGCAAACGUGUGUAAAUGGCUAAAGCUGUAUGUUUGCAAUUUAUAAGUAUGUGUGUAUUAAUGAGUGAAAAAAAGGACAACGAAUUGCUAUUUCUUAUACGAAUUUCGCAUAGUUAUUACCACGGUAAAGUAUACAUAGUUAUUUCCACGGUAAAACACGCUUUACUUCAGUAAUGUAUAAAGACAGGCUUAAUAGGACUGAGCUCGGACCUUUCCCAUUCAUUCCAUCCUACAAGAUCUCAAAUAUUUGAUAUUUAUUUAUACAAUAAAGCUAUCUUGAUCUGAA